CUGUUUUCACAGCAUGUUCACCGAAAAUUCUCUCCCGUCCGUCUGCUCCUGAGUCUAAGAUAAGCUUAUUAAUAUGCAGUCUCACAUCUCAAAACCAUUUUAAUAUAUUGACAGAACAGCCAUGAAUUUACCGCAUUUCGUCACAACAUGUUCCCAGGUGUGCAAAAAUGUAUUGUUCAAACAGAAUUUGUCUCCUCUUGUGACCCAGUUAUUGACUUGGAUGGCGCGACAUCUAUUCUUAUGUGCAAAGCAUGAGUAGUUCAUACAUAAGCUGUAGGCAUUUACAUAAGCAGCGGUUUCUAAGUAAAUACUUGUAUUAAAAUGAAUCGGGCGAUUGUGCGAGCAGUGCAGCGCUUAACAGGGUUGCCAGGGAAACCACAAGGUGUUAAUAUCCUAGAAAAGCAAAGACUUUGGUAUUCUACUAAGCCCCCUACACUUAGGAAAAGGGUGACAAAUGGUAUAGUUAUUGGUGGUAGCAUCAUUUUCUUUGGAGGUGCCUCAGUGUACAUGUUGCAGCAACAGAACCGAAGCAUACGAGAUGCUGGAGAGAGGAAAAGACUAUUAAGAGAACAACAAGAAAAAAGUGAUUCUUCAGCUGCUACCCCUGCUGCUACACCUGCUGCUACACCUGCUGCUAAACCUGCUGCUAAACCUGUUGCUUCAAAACCCAAGAAAAAGAAAUCAAAUGUCAAGUCAGGUAUUGGGGGUCCCUUUGAGCUGAUCUCACAAGAUGGCGCCACAGUCACUGAGAAGGAGCUACUGGGGAAGUGGACAAUGGUGUAUUUUGGUUUCACACAUUGUCCAGAUAUAUGUCCAGAAGAAAUGGAGAAGAUGUCUGCAGCUGUCAAUGUCAUCUCUGGCCAGAAAGACAUGCCUGAUAUCCCAAUUUAUUUCAUCACCUGUGACCCUGCUAGAGACACUCCUGAGGUCAUGAAAAGAUACAAUGAAGAAAUCUCUUCAAGAAUUAUUGGUCUGACAGGACCUGAAGACAAGGUGUUGGAUGCCUGUAAACAAUACAGGGUAUACUUUAGUAAUGGCCCUAAAGACAGAGACGGGGAUUAUAUUGUGGAUCACAGUGUGAUAACCUACCUCAUGGACCCCCAGGGAAAGUGCCAGGCUUUUUACUCCAGAGACUCUACUGUGGAAUCUGUAGCCAGAGAUAUCAGGCAAAAAAUAACAUCUUGGGUGCCACAGUCCUGAUGAAAAUGAGAUGAGGAUAAUUGUGUAUAAAUUAUGGACUCCAUGCUCUCUGCUGCCAGGAGCCUGAAGACAAACUUGUAAUAAUAGUCAGGGGUGAAAGUGUUCAGUAUUAUGCCUGAUUCAGGAUUGUCAGGCUUCAUUUUGAUCGUGUUUUUCUAAUGGUCUAAAUCCUAUGAGAAAUUGCAAGCUAUGUUUUCAGAAUUUUCAGUUUUUGAAACUUGCUACCCUGGUUGUAGCAUGUGGCAAAGGAUGACAGCUGUGCUAUGGUCCUCGUUCACACUGAGCACAACAGUUGCCUGCAUUGCAUAGGUUUGAGAGAUUGGCAAGUUAAUAGCCUGGUGAUUAUGUAAGAUAGCUUAAAGGGAUCUCAGCUCUUGACUGGAGCUUUCAAACAGUUAGAAUUUCAUGAAAGGAGUAAAGUUCCCACAGCAAGAUUAAAAUAAAUUAUUCAGGUCUAGUCAAACUGGUUCAAAACAGAAAAAUGCAUUGCUCAAUGUGAAAAGGACCAGUGUGAAGUGAUAGGCCAUGUUGGCCCACAAAAUUUCGCUUUCCUUAUAAGAACUUAUUUCUACCAGUCCGGGUAAAUAUUCUUAUAUAAUUGUUUAUGUAAGCUACAGAUGUAGUUAUUAUUUUUAAGACUUACAACAAGUAGGCAACCAAAAAAAAUUUAAAAAAAAAGAUCAGAUUAGAGUAAAACGUAAAGGAGACCAAGGCUGUGCGUGAUAUCUAAAGCAAUUUUGAGUUCAAGCAGUGAUAAAUAUAUUCAGAUGAGAAAUUUAGAGUGUAUUAUACUGAUGAAUUUAAAGAAAGGAUUCAGGACCUUUUUGUAACAUUUGAACAUGGGGGCUGACAGCACCAGAAGAGAGUUGAUGUGAUAAUUUGCUGUGUAAUAAUAAGGGAAAAUAACACAAUACCAUGCAUUCAUAUCAAGUGAAUUACUGUUUAUGACCGAGUAUGUCCGUAUGUUUAUUAUGUAAAAUGUUUUCUUUAAAGAAAAGGUAUUCUUUUAGUUCCUAUAAUGUAAAAAAAAAAUAGCACUCAAUGCAAGAAGAAAAGUGUUUGGCUAAUUCUUUGAAUAAAAAUCAAUGAAAAUUA